UGGAGCCAAGGGGAGCUGGCGCUCCGGGACAGGUGGCUGGCAGUGCUGGGCCCUGGCUAGGUGCCUAGCCCCCGCCCUAGGCGGGACCAGCCGUGGGACAGGAACUAUCGGCGCUUGGGCCAGAGAGUUAAUAUCUGUGCCGGCGCAGAAGGGACGGACGGGCUCCAGGGACACACGGGCAGCAGGUUUCCCACCGCGGGUCCCACGGCUGCCCCCAUGCUGAGCCCCUCCUUUCUCUCGCGGCCGCCUCCGUCGCUGUUGCUGCUGCUGCUGCUGUCGCCGUGGCCAGUCUGGGUGGCCACCCCCAUGGCAACCCCGGACUGCCCUGAGGCGUGCGCGUGCGCGCCGGGCGGCCAGGCCAACUGCUCAGGGCGUGCGCUGCCCGCGGUGCCCGCCGGCCUGAGCCCGAGCGUACGCGCGCUGCUGCUGGAUCACAACCAUGUGCGCGCGCUGCCGCCCGGAGCUUUCUUGGGCGCUGGCGCGCUGCUGCGCCUGGAUCUGCGGGAGAACGGGCUGCGCCGGGUGCACGCUCGGGCCUUCUGGGGUCUGGGCGCGCUGCAGCAGCUGGAUCUCAGUGCCAACCAGCUGGAGGCGCUGGCUCCUGGCACCUUCGCGUCCCUGCGCGCGCUGUGCAAACUCUCGCUAGCGGACAACCGGUUAGCGCGCCUGGAGCCCGCGGCGCUGGGCGCGCUCCCGCUGCUGCGUGACCUCAGCCUGCAGGACAACGAGCUGACUGCGCUCGCCCCCGGGGUACUGGCCGGCCUUCCAGCCCUCAACUCACUGCGCCUGCGCGGCAACCCUUGGGCCUGCAGCUGCGCUCUACGCCCGCUCUGCGCCUGGCUGCGCAGGCACCCGCGGCCAGCGGCAGAGGCCGAGACGUUGCUAUGCGUGUCGCCGGGGCUCCAGACGCUCAGCCCCUUGACCGCCUUCUCCGACAUCGCCUUCCGCCGCUGCGUGCAGUCCCUCGCCCCGCGGGACCUGGUCGUGGUCUACACGCUGGGGCCAGCCUCCUUCUUCGCCAGUCUGGCCAUCUGCCUGGCUCUGGGUUCCGUGCUCACCGCCUGGCGCGCGCGCCGCCAACGCGCCGCCGCCCGCCACCGGCGGAGACCGCCUCUGAACCUUCGCCUCGCCGAGGCCUCCCCUGCGGACCCUGGGAGCCCCGCUGCCACCGCCCAAGUCUGAGUGGGCCGCUGCUGCCCUCGAAUAUUCCCCCAUCCCCUGCCCUCCUUCACACUCCCUGCAGACAUCAACAAGCGACACAGA